UUUAAAACUAAAAAAUAUAUAUCACGCGCGGAGGAGGGAGUGGGUCGCGAUGCAAAUUAGAAUUCAAAAUCAGCAGGGUGAACGAAAAUGGUGAAGGGGCAAAACCUACCGGCCGAUGUAACUCAACUUAUCGAUCAAUUGGAACGCCAUUGCUUGGCUCCUGAUGGAUCUCUCGUCUCCAAAUCCGCCCACUAUGAUCUCCAACUCGCAAGAGAAGAAAUGGCCACAGAGAGAUUGCGCUAUUUGGAAGCAAUGGCUGUAUAUUGUGAAGCAAAUGCAAUGGUAGAGGAUUACCAGCAGGCACUUUCCGUCGCUAGUCUUGGCAGCACUCGUGAUAUUCAGUCUCUAUAUCCUCAGCUUGGCUUGAAAAGCUCUCCUCAGGUUUAUGAGACCCUUGAGCAUCGUUUGACAGUUGCUGAAGCAGCACAAAGAUUGAGAUUGCCAAUGAUAUCAAAAGAUGGGGAGGUUAAUGAAGAAGAAAUUGAAAAAUGGAGCGCGAUGUCAAGAAGCUCACUUGACAGUUCAAAUACCAGUGUUACUAUAACCUCAAGCUCAAACUCCACGAAUUACACAAAUCUGUCUGCAAUUGGCCCUGUCGGCCCUUCAGGUAGUGUCUUCUCUAGCAAUGCUACAGACACAGGACAACCUGAAGUUGGGGGUGUACCUGAUCGAUUUCUUGGAAUAACUCCUAGUUAUUUGUGGAGAACUCAACUUCAACAGGAACCUCUGUCAAAUGAUAUGACAGAAUAUCAGAUGCCAUUGCUCCGCGAGAUUGAGAGUCGUUUAAAAGCUAAAUGUGAUAAGUUAGCAGAUGCCUUCAUUGAUGACAUUGAUUCUUCAUCUGGGAAUUCAAGUGCCAGGCUUCCAGAAAGAGUAAAGUUAAUUAUUGAGGAGAUUGAAAGGGAGGAAGCAGCUUUGCGUGAGGAUCUAUAUUCUGCGGAUAGGAAGUUUGCUGAGUAUUAUAAUGUCUUGGAGCAGAUUCUUGGUGUGCUUAUCAAGCUUGUCAAAGAUUUGAAGUUGCAACAUCAACAUAAAUAUGAUGAACUGCAAAAGACUUGGCUAUGCAAAAGAUGUGAAACGAUGAGCGCAAAGUUGAGAGUUUUGGAGCAUAUUCUCCUGCUGGAUACUUACACCAAUGAAUCAAUUCCAGCUCUGCACAAAAUUAGGAAGUAUCUAGUUGAAGCUACAGAAGAGGCUUCUCUCUCCUAUAACAAAGCGGUUACACGACUUCGGGAAUAUCUAGGUGUGGACCCUCACUUUGACACAAUUGCAAGGCAGUACCAUGACAUAGUGCAGAAACUGGAAAAUAUGCAAUGGACGAUUCACCAAGUUGAAAUGGAUCUGAAGCGCUUACCAAGCACCUGAGAAGAAGAGCAGUAGUUCAAUGGACCCUUCAUUUUUAUCGUACCAUAACUGAAUUAUUUUUAUAGUAGUAGGCAAUGGGGGGCUGGGGGCAAUUGUGUUUUGUGUUGUGCAUGACGAUUUGAGAAAUUUUUGGUAUGUACGAGUUAAAAGUUAAAAAGCUGCUUAUGAGAUGAAGGGCCUCACUGGGCAAGUUUAAAAUAAUCUAUACUAUAUUGUAAUAAUACGCUUGACUACAUUACAUGGCAUCCAGCACUGUUUUCAUCACUGAAAUAGUCUCCUGCCCUUGUUAUUGGUGCUUGGUAUAGUGGCUGCUGACAUGUAACCCUCUGGUCAUAUAGUUCCUGGCUGUAAGUGUAAGGAUACGUUGUACAAUACGGUACUAUUAUGGGACGAGGUUCCAACAUGUAGUAAUACUGUAUGUUCGCCUCUGUUAUUGGUUUUACUGGAACCAUGAAUAAUACUUAGGUUUGUUGUGCAAAUGGUCUCUCCUAAUUUUGGGAAAGUAGGACGUUCUGAUUUCGUUAAUCCUGUGCUAGAAGUAUUUUCCAUGCAGUCAGUUUUUUUGAUC